UAUUUAGCGCUGCGUCAGCCAACAAGGGGCUUCCCAGGAAAGUGAAAUCCUAAAAUCCAAAGCUUUCAAUAUUUUUCCGUUCUGUCGUCACAGAUUGUGUUCCUAUAAUUUGUUUCACUGUAUACACUAUGUAGCAUCCCUUCACUCACACUCUUCCUAGGGUUAGCAAGUUUCACAGGGGGAAAAGCUUUUAUUUCUAGUGAAUUUCUGGUGAUUCUGCUCUAGUCUCUGUAUUCUUGUUCGGAAAAGAAGAAAAACUUGAACAUAUUUCCCACCGAGGGUGUAUCAUAUAGGUGAUUGUUUCUUGGAACAUGGGUACUAUGAAUCCACAGCCACUGCAAUUACGGCCUUUCGAGGACGGAGAACUACAGCUGGUGCAGGUUCCCAUGCAGGUGGAUGGUGUCGAAGAUGGGUUAAAUGCUCAAUGUGUUAAUGGACGUCGUGACGAGGUCAGUGAUGUGGUGGAAGAAACUCGAGUGAGUUCUGGCUUACCGGGGACAAAUGGUUGUGCUUUCAAGUCUCGAACCAGUGAACUUACCAUUUCGUUUGAAGGCGAGGUCUAUGUUUUCCCAGCGGUUACGCCAGAAAAGGUACAGGCUGUAUUGUUAUUGUUGGGAGGGUGUGAGAUACCCAGCCCCUGUAGUGUCCCCAGCACCGAGCUUUUGCUACAACAGAACUAUCAGAACAUGAGGGGAAUUAAUGAUACUUCUCGGGGUUCAAAGCUUUCACGGAGGUUUGCAUCCCUUGUUAGGUUUCGUGAAAAGCGAAAAGAGAGAUGUUUUGAGAAAAAAAUUCGGUACAGCUGCCGUAAAGAAGUUGCACAGAGGAUGCAUCGCAAGAAUGGACAGUUUGCAUCAUCAAAGGAAUGUGACAGUUCUGCUGCUGAAAACUGGGACUCUAGCAACGGUGCUGCUUGUUCAGAAUCUAAUGAACGUAAAUGCCAGCAUUGUGGAAUUAGUGAAAAGUCUACUCCAGCAAUGCGGCGAGGACCAGCUGGUCCAAGAUCUCUCUGCAAUGCUUGUGGGCUUAUGUGGGCAAAUAAGGGGACUCUAAGAGAUCUCAGCAAAGCAGGAAAGGUCACUUCUUUGGAUCAAAAUGAACUGGUAUACAUUCUUGCAAACCGAGAAAAUUCCUGUCCUGCGCGGAAUGAUGAAGGAAGCCCCAAGGAGACUAAGCCUGAUCUGUUGGAAUCCAGACAAUCACCCAAGAUGUCGAAUGAGCAGUAUACACUUGAAACUGCUGAAGCAGUUACUGACAACUUAUCCAUCCAAGUGGAGAACCUUGCUGUUAAUCUGCAUGAGGAGGAUACUCUUGAAGAUCUCGCCGAUGCAUCUGGAACAGAAUUUGAGAUUCCUACAGGUUUUGAUGAGCAGAUUGACAUUGAUGAUUCCAACUUGACCUACUGGUUAUGAGGCAGAGAUAUUGCCAUGCCAUGCAACACCAAACGAAGGUCUAACAGGGUUUUUCUCGAUGAUGACAAGCGCGCGGUGCCGUUUCAAGCUAACUUUGCACUUCCAGGGAUGUUUUCUGUUUUAUAUGACAAUUUCUGGAAGAACAAUGGAAUAUAUUGUAUACAUGCUGUUUUCUUACAUAUGAGAGUUUCUGUAUAUCCUCCCAUCUGUAUUGGAUUUAAUUAUUAUAAUAAUGUGAAUAUUAUAGUUUUUGCCCCUAA